AUGCCGCUGCCACAGUCUGAGUACAUUAGUAACAUCUGGAAGGAUGAUAUAUUCACAAACAAGGUUGUCUUUUGCACAGGCGGCGCUGGCACCAUCUGCAGUGCACAGGUGCGCGCACUGGUUCACCUGGGUGCCAACGCUUGUAUCAUCGGCCGCAACGUAGAGAAGACGGAGCGUGUGGCCCAAGACAUUGCCACCGUCCGCCCGGGGGCCAAGGUCAUUGGUAUCGGCGCCGUCGAUGUUCGAAAGUUUGAGGACCUGAAGGAAGCGGUGGAGCGCUGUGUGAAGGAGCUCGGUGGUAUUGACUAUGUCAUCGCCGGUGCCGCGGGCAACUUCCUGGCCUCUAUUGAGCAACUCUCAGUCAAUGCCUUCAAGUCUGUCAUGGACAUUGACGUGAUCGGAUCAUACAACACACUCAAGGCCACUCUGCCAUAUCUGGUCGAGUCGGGCGGCAAGAACAGAAUGGAUUCGGAAACUCGUAUGCCCGCCCCCCUUCCCCUCAAAUGUUUUUUGUUCUGGAUUGGGAAGAUUGACCCAGAUCUAGUCCAGCCUGCUCCUGGUGGCACCGGCGGCAGAAUCAUCUUUGUCGGCGCAACUUUACACUACCGUGGCACGCCUUUCCAGGCCCAUGUCUCCGUGGCCAAGGCCGGCAUCGACUCCCUAUCCAACUCCGUGGCCAUUGAGUAUGGUCCGCGAGGCGUGACAUCUAACAUCAUUUCGCCUGGCCCGAUUGCCCAGACCGAGGGUUUGGAGCGGCUGCUGCCAUCUGACGCGAAGGCUGCCUACACCAAGUCCCAGCCCCUGGGUCGCUUCGGACACGUUCGCGAUAUUGCUGAUGCCACCGUAUAUCUCUUCUCAGACGCAGGAAGCUAUGUCACCGGCCAGACCCUUGUCGUCGACGGUGCGAACUGGCGGAUGUCGGGGGGCUUUUCGUCGAAUGGAAACAUGCAAUACCCAGACUUCCUUCUAUCAGGACAAGAAGUUUCCAAUGUGACGGGCAAGAAGAAGUCGAAGCUUUGA